GCUUAUAUACAACACUACACACACACUUCCUCAGUGGGAGACUGCAGGUCAUUUGUAUGUCUGCGCUGGAGCUUAUCUGAUUCUGCGCCGAUUACUCACCACAUCUCCUGACUCCGUCCAAAUGGGACAGCUGAGUGUUCCACAGCCAUCAGCUGGUUAUGCAAUCAGGAUCAACUCCAUCUUACUUUCACACGUUCUCUCUUUCUGUAGCAUCAUUAGUCCUAUGUAUAUCAGAAUACAUUACUGGGCCUACAAUAGUUCACAGCCUUCCACAGCUAACAAAACAUCUAUCAUUCUAGCUGAAUAUAGAAAGAUUAAAUGAUUGACAUAAAAUGUGAUGAAACUUGAGUAAUAUCUAUGAGAGAUGGUAAUCGCUGAGUAAGAUAAGUUAUGUAAGUUCUACUUUUUUUCUGAACCUUGAGAAGCCCAUUCCCUGUUUAAUCAAAACACAAUUAUCUAUUUAAUGAAAACAGCCAAUCCCUGUUUAAACAUUUAAAAUGUUUUUAAAUAAUAAAGAAAUGUAAAAAGAUACAACCAUUCCUAAUUGAUUACAAAAACAGUAAUUAUUUUAUUGAUUAUUGAGCUAAAUCUAAUGCAAACACAUGCUCCAUUCAUUUCCUAGAGCAAGGUGUCUGUAUUUAGUCUUUAUAUAGUGGUGGUUACCGCUCCCUGCAGCCAAGCCUGACAGUAAUCCUAGGAACUCCCUGUUCGCCCCCAGCAGGCUCAGGCCCACGAUCGACCCACUGACACCUGAUACAAUGACCUUAGGCCUGAGCCACACAAAGAGAUCAAUUAAUCAAUGAAUGAAUCAUAGCCAUGGAACAUACACCCAUACACUAUGCAUAGUUGUACUGUACAGGAUGCAGCCUAUGUGUACAGUGUGUGUGUUGUGUGACUGUUAGCUAUGGAAUAGAGAGAGUGAAGUUGUAUUCCUUCCUAAACUGUCUCAGUCAGUGUCCUUCUCUUAACAUCUUAAUCCACUGGAGCGCUCUAACUCGGUGUGCCUAUGUGACUUCCCUUGUCAACUCAUGUUCCCGCUAAGGUGCCUCAUGAGGCAAACAUACCCUCCUCCUGUAAGGGUUGAGUAGACGCUAUGUUUUUCAGCCGGGACUACUUGCUAGGUCCCAGCAGUGGUGGAAACUGGACUGAAGUGAAUUGAUUCAUGGGGGAUUAGAGAUUAAGAUUUCCCCUCCCGCUCGGAUGGGCUUUAGUGGAGUAAAUCUGGGGAUUAUGAUGUCAGAGGCCCAUGGUUGUCAGAGAGGAAAUUUAAUUGUCAGAGGAGUGCUGAUGGCCAGGAUUAUGGCACAGCCAGUGAGGAGAUGUGGGAAUGGGAAGCCUUGUCUGUGCCAUAACCCUGUACAGUGAAACCUUCAGGGAAGAACAUCAACCACUAUUGGAGUUUGGGAGUUGGUGGUCCAUGGCGCUGAGUGGAUUGUUCAGAUGCUUAGUCAGUGAGAGAGAGAGAGUUGUAUUAUCUUCUGCCUGCCCUUAAUGCAUCCUUGUCAAGUUCCUGCCCCUGCUGCUGCUAUUGAGGGGCUCACCAAGACCAAGAAGAUGAAGGUGAAAUGGACUCAGCUGGGCAUGGUGUUCUUCCUGUUGCUCUCCCUGGUCAUGACAGGAUGUUUCCUCUGGCAGUACCAGCUGCCAAAGUUACUGCCAGAUGAAGGCAUGGGAGGCAAUGCCAAAUCAGAACGGAUGUGCCCACGCUUCCCUGAGCCUCUCCCCCUGGAACACCCUAUCCCUACCCUGAAAGAGGCACUGGAGAAGAGUGCCUUCAAGUCUUCAAGACCCAGGGUGGACACACUGCUGCGCCAUAGUGUCAACCCUGCCAGUCUUCCCUCUUUGUCGGCCAUUGUGAUUUUCAAUGACACCGUUCUGUGGACUGGUAACUUUGGCAAGAGGAACGGAAGUGAUCCACUCUCAGCUCCACCCAAUGAGUACACCAUCUAUAGGAUCGCCAGCCUUUCAAAGAUCUUCCCAACGCUGAUGCUAUACAGGCUGUGGGAGGAUGGGAAGAUUGCCUCUCUGGAUGACCCGCUGGAGAAAUAUGUGGAGAACUUCACCAUUAAAAACCCUCUGGGCAAGUCACGGGACUCUGAGCUCAAGUACGUGACAGACGGUCUGAUCUUUCUGGACAGUGGAGAGGUUCAGAUCCGCUCCUCCUCUGUCACCCUGCGCAGGAUGGCCAGCCAGCUCUCAGGUCUACCCAGAAGACUUAGAGCCACUAACCUGCUGUGGAAGGGGAAAACACAGACUGCAGUAAAUCUGCUGCAAGACGAUGUCCUCGUUGCAGACCCUGGCACCAAAUGCCACUACAGUAACCUAGCCUUCUCCUUAUUGGCCCACGUCAUGGCUGAGAAGGUGGUGGGCAUGGACUACCAGCGCUGGAUCAAUGAUAACAUCCUGGACCGGCUGGGGAUGGAGGAUACAGGCUUCGACAUCACCCCAGGGAUCCACAGCCAGAUGGCUGUGGGCGUCUACUCCAAUGGCCAGCCAGCCCCUUUGUAUGACCUGGGCUGGUACCGCCCCUCAGGCCAGAUGUUCUCCACUGCCGCUGACCUUGCCAAGCUGGCUAUGAUGCUGCUGGGGGCCUACCAUCGCAAGCUCCUGGAGCCCGACACCCUGAAGAUCAUGCUGACCCCUCUGUUCCGCUGUGAUAAGGACUACUUUGCCAACCGCACUGGCACACCAUGGGAGGUGAAUGAGCAGUUGGGCUACGAGGUGGUGCGUAAAGACGGAGACCUAGACGGCUACUCAGCCACCUUCUCACUGGUGCCCAGGCUCAAGCUGGGCCUGGUGGUGCUGAUGGCUGGCACCAGACCUCAAAACCAGGAUGUGUUGGCCAAGGCUUACAGCCACAUAAUACCCGCCAUGGAGAGGGCGUUCCGGGAGUCCAAGAAGAUCCUCAUCCCUCCCCCUAAUCCAGACCCUUACAUAGGCUUCUUCACCUAUGGAAACAUCACCUUCUAUGAGAUCAAAGCUGGGGCAGAUGGGGUUCUGAUCAUGCAGCAGUUUGGACCCCAGAUUGAGGACCUGAUCCCAGAGACAUAUCGGACAAUAAAGCUGAACUACCUGGUGGACAGGGUGUUCAGGGUGGUGUUUGAGAAAGAGUACCCCUGUGUCUUGCGGGUCAGCACCGCCUCUGUCUCUCUUGAGGCCCAAGACGGGCAGCUCUUUAACUUUUAUGUGUUUGACAAGCGGGGUCUGUCCCCUGGCUUCGAUGCACCAGGACUGAAUACAUACAAUGUGGUCCGUAUAGCCCAUAGGCCGACUUUCUCAAACUAACUGAACUCAUACAUGGGAAAGACACAUGAAUGUGCAGGAUGACGGUCCUGUUUGGGUCUGUAGCCUAUAUUUAAUACUGAUAUAUUGAAAGAGCACAUUGCUGGAGGACAGUGAGUGGACAAUACCUUGAUGCAUUGCAAAAGAGGUACACCCAUUGAUGUCAACUCUUGUACAGAACGUUUUCUUUGAUUUCCAUGUCAAAUAAUGGCAUUGUAUAUAUUCAUCCUUUUUAUACAGUUGGUAACCUGACCUUAAACAUAUUAUACUGUACACAUUUAAUGUAUUGUGGCACAGUAAUAGAGGGGCUGGUUGUUUAGCAACAAACCGACGCCUGUGCAACCAUGGGGCAAAACAGACAGGGUUGGCUUGGAUUGUUGACAACA